AUGCUUACCCUGACCGUCCCUGAAAACUACGGCUCUGUCAUUGCCGUCGCUCUGGGUGCCAUCCCCGUCCUGAGCUUCGUCCAUGGCGCCGUCGUGUCUCGUCUCCGCAAGGAAGCUGAUUGCCCCUACCCUCACUGCUAUGCGACCGUAGAGCAGUGCAAGACCAACCCCAAGGCCGAGCAGUUCAACUGCGCUCAGCGCGCUCAUGCCAACUUCCUUGAGAACUCCAGCCAAACUAUGCUCUUCCUCCUGGUAGCUGGACUGAAGUACCCCCAGUUGGCGACUGGCCUCGGAAGCAUCUGGGUCCUCGGUCGCUCACUGUUCCUUUACGGAUAUGUGUACUCCGGCAAGCCGCGGGGUCGCGGUCGUUUGUACGGCAGCUUCUACUUGCUUGCACAGGGAGCUCUCUGGGGCUUGACGUCUUUUGGAGUUGCGAGGGAGUUGAUUUCCUACUUCUAA